AUGGGAGCCCUAGUUAUUGGACCAAGAAUAGGUCGCUUUGAGAAGGGAGCGCAUGAUCCGAACCCACAGCCUGGCCAUUCAACGCCUUUUGCAGCCCUUGGUGCAUUCAUCCUCUUUCUGGGUUUUCUUGCAUUCAAUGGCGGCUCUGAACUUGCUAUUGUCGGUGAUGAUCAUGCAGUUGUUGUUGCCACUGCUUUUGUCAACACCAUGCUUGGUGGAGCUGCAGGCUCGAUCGUCGCUGUCGUGUUAAAUUAUUGCGUUGCUUGGAUCAAAGGCGAGCCAAAAUACUGGUCCCUUCUACAAAUGAUCAAUGGAGGCCUAAUUGGAAUGGUGGCAAUGUGUGCUGGCUGCAAUCGUCUGAAUCAAGGCGCUGCCGUUGGAAUUGGAGCCAUGGCUGGCAUAACUCUUCUUUGGGUAUCAUGGGUUAUGAAAAGAAUUCGAGUUGAUGAUCCCCUUGAUGCCUUUGCUGUUCAUUUUGGCGGAGGAUUGGUAGGAAUUCUCGCCACUCCGGUUUUUAUGAAUGGUGGUAUCGUUCACUGGAAAAACUGCAAAACUCAGAGAGAUAUUUACGAAGCCGAUUUCCCUGCGAUAAACCCUGAUGCAGAAGGCAAUUUUCAAUGUGACUACUUUGAAUUUAAAGUCUUUGCAUGGAAUCUGGCUGGUUUCCUUUCUAUAGUCCUAUGGUCAGGUUCUUUGUCCUUUUUGAUUUUCUACUGCUUGAAAGUAACGAAGAUGCUUCGAGUGAGUAGAGAUGAUGAAGUGCGUGGCUUGGACAUCGGAAAGCACGGCGAGCCAGCGUAUCCAAUCGAGGCCUACGGACACGGCUGGAAUACUGAUCUUACAAAGGAAUAUGAACAAGAAAACGGUUAG